AUGGCGACGAUUCACAUUUUUAGAACUGCUGAGGCUGAGUACAAUGCAGAGCCAGGAUUCUGGACUAUGAGAGACUCAGGCUUGUCCGUAGAGGGUCUCGAACAGUGCAUUGAAUUCUCUGCUUAUUCCGAGUUCCUCUCAUCUAUGCAGUACGUCACCCACGUGGUGUCUUCACCCUUGCGUAGCUCUAUCUUCUCCUGCCGUAUCGCAUUUGACCGUGUAGUUUCGAGCACUAGUGUCAUCGUUUCUCCGAAUCUAAUGGAUGUGGGAUGUCCGACUCCGAGCCUGGGAACCGACGCCGUUACGCUUGGCGUGGAAUUCAGUGGGCAGAUUGACCGAAGUAUGCUUCCGAAUGGAUGGGAAUCUAUCGACUCGGGUAGCGCGAACGAGUACAAGUUGGAGAAUAUCAAAGCACGCACAAAGGCUGCAAGAGAGUGGCUUAUGGACCUUGCACGUACUGCGGGCGAGAAAGCUCACAUUGUAGUGAUGACCCACGGCCAGACUGCCCAUUUAGUUGCUGAUGACUUCCAAGGAGUCGAGUCACCUUACGAUGCCAAUUGGGAUGGCGAUUUGAGCUGGCGUUCUUACAAUUUCGAUUUUGCCGCUGAAAAGAUGAUCGAAACAACUGAAAGCCGUGUUAGAAGAGGAGUGGCAGACACCGAUGUUCUUACCGACGACGAGAACAGCGCCAUUAGGGCGGCAGUAGAAGGCCUAAUUGAGGAGCGUGCGCCUCUAAUUCGGAUCACCCAAGCUGACCAUGUAGAAGCUGAGAACGCGUUGCCAUUGAUGGUUAAUCAUCUUCAUCCAAACUAGGUACGAUGGUCAAUCUUUAGUAGGUGUAUAUAGUCAAUUGAAUUGAUAAAUGCCCCAGAUAAUUAAUACUUAUUCUUGAUAUUUCUUUAUGUUUGGUACCUACUUCUCUGGUAGGUACUAGGUACCAGGUAUGUUGCAAGUUUUGAAGUUGUAAAAUCACGGGCCACCUAAAAGAUUUUUAGUGUCCACAAUAUAGUGGAAUUUAGC